GUAAAGCGUGUUGUAGGUCUCUAUGACGACGGGUCUAUUAAACCUUUUAGGGCUGUAGACGGACUAGAGACAGAUUAUGUGCGCAGGUGUUGCUCGCAGACUGCCAGGCACUAUGUGGGCCAGUUAGAUGAAGUGAUAGUCACAAAACAACCCGGCUGGAUGUGUUCUUUCACCGCUUUUAACUCGCCAGUAAUACUACGCAAGAACCUGCUGGUGUGAAGAUUAUGAGUGAGGUGGUUUGCAAACAGUCUCAGGAAGAAUAUGAGGACGACUUUGAGAAGGAUCUGGACUGGCUGAUCAGUGAGGAAAGCCGGAGUGAGGACCAGGGUCCUGACUAUGAUGACAUAGAAGCAGAAAUUGACAAGGAACUGGAGGAGGAUGAGAAACAGAAAGGAAAGAAAAAGAAGCCCAAAAGCCACAAGGAGGACAAGAGAGGCAAGAAAACAGAGGAGUUGCAAGAAGAUGAAGAGAGGUGGCCCUCACCUAUGGAGCCACUAGAAUAUGACUCAGACAGAGACAGCCCAAAUAAGUCAUCACCUAUAGUCCCACCUCCUCCAGGGAUGGAUGACCAGACAGAAGAGGAGAAGAAGUACAUUCUGGAGAAGAUCCAGCAGGCUAACCGGGAGCUACAGGACCAGGAAGCUCCAGAUAUGACAAGGCACAGGAGGCUGCAUUUUAAAGAGAUGCUGGUGGACCUGGUGGUGCCUCCACUGCAGUUUGAGAAAGAUGGAAACAGUAGUGAGGUGGAAGAGAUAAAGGGCAGCAAGGAUUCAGAGGCAGAGAUUGAAGUGUCAGGGAAGCUUUCUGAGCUCAAACUUUCCCCUCGGGAGGAAAGUGUAGGAUCUAGAGGAUGCGGCAGGGCUGGGGAGAGCAGUGAGGGGGGGAUAAAGGAGGGCAGAGUCCUUGUAGAAAAGGAUGGUAAGUUUGACCUGGUCAGCCUGAAAGAGGUGGAGAGUCAAGGACUUCUCCCUCCUAUAGCAAACAACUACAGUGACUACUCCUCCCUACGUCACCAGGAGCAGACUGUGAGCUCCAGUAGGACCCACAGGUCCUCCUCUCCGCGUCCUCGUGCUGCUGGCUCUUCUUGCUUCCAGCAGGGCAUCGAUCCCCUCCAUGCCCCCAGACCUCCAGCUCAGCCCAGGUGCAGACCCAGCUCAGCCAGCCACAGCCAGAGAGGCAGCCAGAAGAGAGGCAGCAAGCGGCGGGUGCAGUCAGCUACCGGGACACCCUGCCAGGCCACCUACACCCUCUCCCCGCAGCAGAAAGAGCUGCUGCAGAGGAUACAGGAGAGGAAGGAGAAGCUGGCCAGAGAGGAAGAGCAGAGAAAACUGGAGGAAGAGAAGCAGAAGAGGCAGGAGAACGAGCUGGCGUUUAAGGCCUGGUUGCUGAGGAAGAAAGAGCAGUUUCAGGAGGAGAGAAGGAUCCACCGAGCCCAGGAGAUGGAGAGGAAGAAUUUUAAGAAAGACUCCAGCGACCCGGAGGAGUCCUUCAGGUUGUGGCUUCAGAGGAAGCACGAGCAGCAGCAGAAAGAGAGGCAGCUGGUGGAUCUGAAGAGGCUUGAGGAGGACAGUGGUUACUUCCUACGCAGCCGCGAGGAGUGUGAACGUGCCUUCCAACUGUGGCUGAAGCGGAAACAGGCGGAGAAGCGAGCGGAGCAGCAGGCGGCUCGAGAGCGCUCCCGUCGGUUGGUGCUGGAGGAGCGACGUGCGCGCCGCAUGAGGGACCUGCUGUGUACUGUCAAUGAAACCAAGCCAUUCAGAUUCACCGAACAGCUGGCCUACCGCUUCUGAAGCAAACAAAUCCAACAUGUCCGCUGGAUUCACACAUCACCUCACAUGGCAUCAAAAACCGCAGGCUGGGCAAUGCAAGACUUGUUCUGAAACAUAAGACAUAGUUUAUUCUGUGUUCAGUUGUUGCUAGGGUUUUGUUUUAUUAUCUUUCUGUGCUGUGUUAAAGCACAUUUCUAAAGAAAAAAAAGUUUACCGCAGUGACCUCUACUCAGUGUGAUAAAAUGAAUGCUUUUUUUACUGUAUUUACUUUCUGUAGUGGCAGAUGCACUUUACUUUAAAUGGAGCUCCUUAAUCAGCUUAAACACAAGAGCUGAACCAUUUGUUACUGUAUGCCUUUUGUCAGAGAGAUUUUGGUUACAUAGAUAUAAGGAUACCUUCAAGUUCACAACAGGUUACUUGAACAGAUGAAACUGUAAAUAAGGAAUGAAAUAUAUAUAUAUAUAUAUAUAUA